AUGACGCAGCUGGUCCCUGCCCUGGGGGGGCUCGCAGUCUUGCAGAGGGCAGCUCGCUCGGCACUGGGCCCGGCACGAAGAAAAACUCCCCGCAAGGUAGCUGGCAGCAUUACGGGUUCGGGGAGGGGGGAGGGGGCCAGAGCACGGGAGGGGGAGCGGCUGGGGGUCCCCGAGGAGUCCCGCCGCGCGGCCAUCGGGUCGCCGCCCCCCCUCCCCCGCCCCCCCGCCGGCGCUGUGCGGGUGGCCGGCUCGAGCUCUCGGCGGCGCCCGGGCCUGGGCGCCCGGCACGGAACGGAGCGGCGGCAGCAGCGGCCGCGGCAACAGCUCCGGCUCCGGCUCCCGCUCUGCCCCGCGCGCCCGGGCCCCGCGCCCCGACCCCGCCGCCGCGUCUGCCGGGGGGCCUCGGGCGCCCCCGCCGCCCGCCUCACGCUGAAGUUCCUGGCCGUGCUGCUGGCCGCGGGCAUGCUGGCGUUCCUCGGUGCCGUCAUCUGCAUCAUCGCCAGCGUGCCCCUGGCGGCCAGCCCGGCGCGGGCGCUGCCCGGCGGCGCCGACAACGCCUCGGCCGCCUCGGCCGGCGCCGCCGCCGCCGCGUCCCCGGGCCCGCAGCGCAGCCUGAGCGCGCUGCACGGCGCGGGCGGCUCGGCCGGGCCCCCCGCGCUGCCCGGGGCGCCGGCGGCCAGCGCGCACCCGCUGCCGCCCGCGCCCCUCUUCAGCCGCUUCCUGUGCACGCCGCUGGCGGCCGCCUGCCCGUCGUCGGGGGCCGAGCAGGGCGACGCGGCGGCCGGCGAGCGCGAGGAGCUGCUGCUGCUGCAGAGCACCGCCGAGCAGCUGCGCCAGACGGCGCUGCAGCAGGAGGCGCGCAUCCGCGCCGACCAGGACACCAUCCGCGAGCUCACCGGCAAGCUGGGCCGCUGCGAGAGCGGCCUGCCGCGCGGCCUCCAGGACGCCGGGCCCCGCCGCGACGCCAUGGCCGACGGGCCCUGGGACUCGCCGGCGCUCAUCCUCGAGCUGGAGGACGCCGUGCGGGCCCUCCGGGACCGCCUGGACCGCAUCGAGCAGGAGCUCCCGACCCGUGUGAACUUCUCAGCUGCCCCAGCUCCUCCGCCUGCGGUGCCUACCACCCUGCAUUCCAAGAUGGACGAACUGGAGGGCCAGCUGCUGGCCAAGGUGCUGACACUGGAGAAGGAGCGCAUGGCUCUCAGUCACAACAGCCACCGGCAACGUCAGGAAGUGGAGAAGGAGCUGGAUGCGCUACAGGACCGCGUAGCCGAACUGGAGCAUGGGUCCUCAGCCUACAACCCUCCAGAUGCCUUCAAGAUCAGCAUCCCCAUCCGCAACAACUACAUGUACGCCCGUGUGCGGAAGGCGCUGCCUGAGCUCUACGCCUUCACUGUCUGCAUGUGGCUGAGGUCCAGGUCAGGUGGCAAUGGCCAGGGCACACCCUUCUCCUACUCCGUGCCCGGGCAGGCCAAUGAAAUCGUGCUGCUGGAGGCGGGCCACGACCCCAUGGAACUGCUGAUCAAUGACAAGGUGGCCCAGCUGCCUCUGAGCCUGAAGGACAAUGGCUGGCACCACAUCUGCAUCUCCUGGACUACAAGGGACGGGUUGUGGUCUGCCUACCAGGAUGGGGAGCUGCAGGGCUCCGGUGAGAACCUGGCCGCCUGGCACCCCAUCAAGCCACAUGGAAUCCUUAUCCUGGGCCAGGAGCAGGAUACCCUGGGCGGCCGGUUUGAUGCCACUCAGGCCUUCGUGGGUGACAUCGCCCAGUUUAACCUGUGGGACCAUGCCCUGACGCCUGCCCAGGUCCUGGGCAUCGCCAACUGUACCGGGCCGCUGCUGGGCAACGUCCUUCCCUGGGAAGACAAGCUGGUGGAGGCCUUCGGGGGUGCAAAAAAGGCCGCCUUUGAUGUCUGCAAGGGGAGGGCCAAGGCAUGAGGGACCCUCAUCCAGGGUCCCUCCCUUGCCUGCCGUUUUGGGGACCUUAUUGUGGGGGCACACAUUCCGUCCUCAGCCUAUCCACACACUGCUCCCCCUCCCACCCUGCUCCUGGCUGUCCCUCCUGUCUCCCCCACCCAUACUACACCUCCAGAAUGCACUGCCCUGCAAUGGCUAACCCCUAACCCCACGUGGAUGGGGACAAGCAGCUCAAGCCAGCAGGUCAAGCCUGGGGUGAGUCCAGAGCCUGGUGGGGGUGGUAGCAGUGCCCACAGCUCUGUCCCCUCUCUUGGCGUCACACUAGAGCUGCCUCUCACCCCCACCCACCCUGGCCCAUCAGCCACAUCCGAUUCCACUGAUCUCAACCGCACGUCCCACCGGCUUGUAGGGGGGUGGGGGGAAGGGCCCGCUAUCUCAGUGGCAGGUGCAGCUAUCUGCCCUCCUGUCCCCCAUGCAACAGGCCUGGCCCCUUCCCCUCCAGGGCCACAACAAGCUCUAGAGCUGUCCCCUCAGCUGAGAAGGGCAUGACACAGACACAGGAGACUCAGACUCACCCCUCCUCCAUCUGUCCGCCAGUUGCCCAUGAAGGGGCCACAGGAUCUUGAUGGAGCUUCCUGCAUCCUCUCUUCCUCCUCUUUCCUUGUUUCUUUGUGUGCAGUGGUUUGAAUGUUGGUUCCGUGCCUGGCCCACCCCCGCCUCAGUUUCCAGGACAUUCCCUUUCCCGGCUCCAGCCUGGGGGACCAAGACCCUAGGAGGCCAAAAGGCCAGAGUCCCCCCCUGUAGCUGCCCACAUGUGUGCUAACUGGCAGGUCACCCUCCUCCUCCGUGCCCAGGCCAGGACCUGGGCUACUUCGGCCUGAGCUAGGUGCACCUUGAGGCAGAGGCGCUGUGCCCUGGGGACCCAGGCUAUGGAAGAGCCACAUGACCUAACCCUUCUGUGUGGCCCUGCAGCCUCUGGGGGAAGGGAGGGAGGAAAGCGGGCAAAGAGGGAAGAAGUCCAGAGCACUGGACGAGGAGGAGGAACCCGUGGUUCCCAGCCAGCCCUGCUGCGAGCCUGCUGCGUGACCUUCUGUAAGUCCCUGCUCUCUCUGGGCUGUCCUUCCUCAUUUGUGAGCCGAGGCCCUUGCUUUGGUCAUUUCUGAGAGCUCUCUAGAUCACACGUGAGAUGGUCUGUGAUUCGAGGUGGAUAGGGUGGGGCAAGCCUGAAGCUGCCGAGCAGCCAGGGGACAUGCCAGAGGUAGAGUUGGCAGCCGAUGGGAUCUGGCUGGGCGUGGGUCAGGGUCAGUAGCUGGCUCCAGAGAGUCAGGGCAAGGGCAGGGAGCCAGGCAGACCAACGUCAUGCACAGAUUAUAAAACCCAGCUUUUCUGGAUUCCAAUCCACCUUCACCCCCACCCAGCCUGGCACCCCUGCCUGUUUGAGAGUAUCUGAAAGGGAUGGUGGCAUCGAGGUCCCCCCCCCCACCGAGUCCUCACCAACUCCCCCAAGACAGUAGAAGGAUGUAAAAGCUGAGUAAAGCCUCUCAGUCUGACCUCUUGCUCGUAUAGAUGGGGAAGAGCUCAGAGAAGUCAAAUGCCUUGCACGGGAUCGCACAGCACAGUGGGGGCAGAACCAGGACUAGAACCCAGGGCUUCUGAAUCCCUCUUCAGUGCUCUUCCCCUCCGGUGCCAUACUGCCUGUCCAUGAGUGUCUUUGAGUCCAGCCUUCACCUGAGAGGAUGGACAUUUGAGAGGUCAGAAGGCUUUCCAACAUGAACAUCUUCCUUUCUGGCACAGAAGCAUCUUGGCAUCCAGUCCCGCCAAGAAGGAGGGGGAGGGCAGGUGUGAUCCCCAGGCACUCUGGCAGGAAUGGAAAGCUGAAAACACGGGUGUCCCUUCUGCCAGUCCCCACCAGGUGUCUGGGCAGCUGCAUGCUACGGGGGCUCGAGCAGGUACAGGUGCCUUUUACCCCGCUUUCUGUUCCCCAUCUCUGCUCCCCAUCACCCUGUAACCCGAGGCAUGACGCAAGAGCUGCAGGCUGUGGGGCCAUUGCCGUGGAGGCUUCUCCAAAACAUGUGGCCUCCAUCCCCCAGAUCCUUGUUUCCAUCUCAAGAGCACAAAUAGACCGUCGGGCACCCCAGCCCAGCUCCCCCUAGAAGAAGCAGGAUGGCUUGCUUCCGCCCAAACCUGUUGAGACCUGGGUUGCCCCGGUAACAGCCAACGACAUCAGCCCAAGUGUUGGGUCAAGCGUCUCUUCAUGACAUAUGCUGUUGCUGCAGUGACAGCGGAAUUCAGAACUCAGAUUGCACGGGCACUGGGCUUUACUGCGUUUCCGUUACUGUUUUUAAGGAAGCAGCUUUUGUGGAGGCCUUGGGGGAAAGAAAGGGUCUUCGGAGGAAAGUGACAGAACUUGUUUGGUCGCUGAGCCCACCCAGAGAGAGGCAUCAUCCCAAGUGCGUUAUGCUUUGUCAUGGUCAUGAUGAGACAUCUGACCUCAGUCCUGUGCUGAGUCACCCUGGUCAGCCCUCGAGAGGGAACAGGAACGAGCUGGGGAUGUCCAGGUGCAGGCUGUGAGUCUAGGCCACUUGCCAGUGGCCUGGGUACCCAUUCCCGUUCCAGGAAGAUGAAAGUCCUGGGGUCCCCACCCCCGCUUCGUCCAUUGAUCGUUCUUCACCUCUGCCCAAUGCCUGCCAUUUGGACUCCAGUUUUGGUUGUGUUCAGCUGCUCCUGGGCACAGCCAAGAAGAUGGGGAAUGGGGAGCUAGAAAUGUCACUUGCUUGUGUCCCUGAGCUGCUGUGGCUAAUGACGGUGCCCAGAGCCUGGGUUUGUUACAACCUUAAGUAUCAGGCGCUGUGCUGAGCACCUCACAGGCAUCAUCUCCUGUAUCUCUGCAACACAGUAGGUUGGAACGGUUCUGGGCCCCAUUAUACAAGGGAGGGAACUGGGGCACAGAGAGGUUAAGUAAUCUGCCCAGUGUCAAUCAGCUGGCAGGUGAUGGAGUCCAGGGUUCAAACCAAACAGGUUACACCCAGGACCAAAGGGAUGAGCGCCCCUGCUCUCUGUGGAGGAACACUUAGCAUUGUUGCUCCCAGCGGAUUUUGGCCUAAAGAGAUGCUUUACCCCAUUUGCUACCCUCACAGGGUUUGUGCUGAAGGCAGAGGCCCAGGAUGGGCUGGCCGCAGGGUCAAGGUCCCCUUGGGUGAGGCCAGAGGAGGGGUCUCAGCCCCUUCAGAGAACAUGGGCCUCUGAAGUGUGCCCGCCACCUCAGCCCUUCUGCAGCUGGCUAGAGUUUCCAGGAGAAAUGAAAGGGAAAAGGAAGCCAGAUAGUCUCCCAAGAGCCCCAACCAGGGAAGGGGGAGAAAUGAUGUUUCUCAGACUCCUGCUUUGGGCUAAGCCCUGCGCCAGGUGCUUCACAGCUCUUAUCUGCCAGAUCUCCCCACCUUUGUGGCACGCUGUACCCCCAAUCAACAUCCCCAGGGGACAGAUCACCUUGCCAUAAUUGUGCAUGACCUUGGACCACAGCAUGGGCAGGAAGGAUUCUUCAAGAGGCCCAAGUCUUGUUUCACAGAUGAAGAUGUGGGGACCCAGGGAAGGUGAGUGCCCCUCGGGGCCACCCAGCCAGGACCCCUGAAGCUGAUCUCAGCUUUCUGACAGUGGUCCCUACCCCCGCCCCCAAGAACUGAGUCCCUGCUCCUCUGCAUUUCCCAGCACCUUGCCCUGAGCAGACUGGAGAAGGGGUCCCCUCCCAAAGUUGGGGAUCAUUCUCUUCCCCUCUGUCGCAGCUGCCUGAUACCCCAAAUCCCACCUCACCCACGCCGGGUGGGGAAGGGGCUCGUGUGGGCCCAGGCUGAGCAGUGAGUGAGCGUGUCCAGCUGUCUGACACUGUGAAAUUAGUGCACCUUCCUGGUGACCCACCCCCCUUCUCCUUGCCCAAUUUUGUACAUAGUGACAUGAGAUGCAACGUGUGUGUGUGUGUGUGUGUGUGUGUGUGUGUGUAUGUGUGUAUGUGUAUGAGAUAUGU